CGAUGCACGCAACGAUUGGUCUUGCUAGGCAACCGCUACGCGCGACGUAUUCACAGUGUGAUCUCGCUGCUGCAGGAGAGCGGCAAGUCAAUUUGUGAUAGUGCUCCGCUGCGCCGUGAUCUAUCGCACGCGGUGGUUGCAAGAGACGUAACGCACUGCUUGGAAGCCAUAAACGCUGCGCCGCCGUCCCGCGCACAAAGCUAACCACAGCACUGCUGCCUGCACAGUGUGCUGCCAGUCACCUCCGCGAACGACGCGUUGUGCGGAAAGAGCUGCUGUGCUGGCGCUCUACGAACCGUGCGGAGCGGUGCGGAGAUCAACCGCUGCACGCCAUCGACGCGAAGUUGUGAGACGACCGAGACGGCAUGGCGUCCGAGAUCAACUACCGCGACGCCGUCCUCGAGCGCGCCGACCUGGCCUUGUUCGCACCACCACAUUGGCUCAACGACCGCGCCAUCCACUUCGCGAUGAAGCUGCUCGAGGACGAUUCGGCGGUGAAGUGGCUCCUCUUGGACCCGGCCGUGUACGCCUUCUUGAUGCUCCAGUGCGAGUUUGAGGAUGAAGAUGAGGUUUCGGAUUUGCGGCGGGGGCUGGUGUUUCCUGGUGAUGAGCGGGUGCUUGUUACUGUUGUAUCGGAUGCAGCGGGAUUGCACGUCGGCGGCGGGUCGCACUGGUCCCUGCUCGUGUAUGAUGUGGACGCGGAUCUUGCAAGGCACUACGACUCCAUGGGGCGCUCGGCAAAUGAACAGCGCGCUAGGCAGUGCGCGGAGAGGCUGCGGGUCUGCUUUGAACGUGAAACGGUGACGUUCGAGGCCAUAGACACGCCGCGCCAGACCAAUGCUUAUGACUGCGGCGCCUACGCCCUGGCGGUCUGCCGCGCGUUGAUGAUGAAGGGGGACAUUGGGUUCGUGACGCCGGCGACCGUCGAGGCGCUGCGAGAGGGGUUCGGGGCGCGGGCGCGGGCGAUGUUCCGGGAGGCUUCUUGAGUAGGUGUUGUUUGAUUGUA